GAAAGGCCAAGCGUGUGUGUGGAGGUGUCAACUGUCUACACCAAGGGAGACGGUGACUGUAUCGGCAGUGACUGUGACUGUAUCGGCAGUGGCGGGCAGAAGCAGACUCAAGCUCAUCAUGAAGACGUUGGCGGCUGUUGCGUUUUUGUUCAUGGUGGUGUUUUCAUCUGUGUUCAAUAAAGUAGAUGGCCAGAAAGGAUCCGCCCCGGGCAAGGGACCCAAAGCUACACACAGGGUGUGGUUCGACCUAUCCAUCGGCGGAGUACCAAAAGGCCGUGUAACUAUUGACCUCUUUGGCAGAACCGUUCCAAAAACUGUGGAAAACUUCUACAAGCUGGCACGGUCUGAGGGACCCAAUGGUGAUAGCUACAAAGGCUCGAAGUUCCACCGGGUGAUCAAGGACUUCAUGAUCCAGGGUGGAGACUUUACCAAAGGGGAUGGUACUGGAGGUCGCAGUAUUUAUGGAGAUCGGUUUGCUGAUGAGAACUUCAAGUUGGUGCAUUAUGGUGCAGGUUGGCUGUCAAUGGCCAAUGCUGGCGCAGAUACCAACGGCUCUCAGUUCUUCAUCACCACCGUGAAGACCUCGUGGCUGGAUAACCGACAUGUAGUGUUUGGCAAAGUUCACUCUGGCAUGAAACUGAUUCGUGAGAUUGAGAACACAGCGACAGAUGCUCGUGACAAGCCACUACAGGAGGUCAUGAUAUCAGACUGUGGUGGAGACGUGUUGCCAGAACCCCUAGAGUCUGUAGCAAAAGAUAGUACUCCUGAUAGUGCAUGAGAGGAGUGUUCAGUAGCAGACAAGUGCUGUUAUGCCAAAAAUUUAGAUUAGAACACCCAAAUCAAGAGACCAUUUGUUAGAAAGCUUCAGUUGUUAUACAUCUUGUGCACCAGACUGGUUUGCAUUCCCUGUGCAUUCCAAUUAAUCAUGUAAGUUAAAAGUAACUUCAUUUGUACAAGAAAGUGCAAUAAAUUUUUUACAAGUA